AUGAUUAUGAAGUCUCUUACAAUACUAGCUCUGGUUGUCACAGUCAGAGCUGGGAUUUUUCCAGAACCAGCUUUACCAGCCUACGGAUACGCCCAUGGUCCAGCUUUAGCUCCGGCGUUGCCUGCUCUACCAGCAUUUCCUACUCCUACUUAUAUUAAACCAGCUUACGCAGCUCCAAUCGCUCGCUUAGCUCCACUAGCUCAUCCACCAGCUUACUUUAAAGCAGCUCCUGUAGCUCCAUCUGUAGAUUAUGCGGCUUAUCCAAAGUACGAAUUCAAAUAUGGAGUGGCCGAUGGACAUACUGGUGACCAAACCCAGAGUGAAGUCAGGGAUGGCGAUGUGGUUAAAGGACAGUACUCACUGGUGGAAGCCGAUGGUACUGUUCGAACUGUGACGUAUACAGCUGAUGACCAUACUGGAUUCAACGCUGUGGUAACCAGAAGUGGACAUGCUGCCCAUCCAAGUGCCCCAGUAGCUGUAGCUCCUAAAAUCAUUGCAGCCCCUAAAGUAUAUGCAGCUCCUGCUGCUUAUACUCCAUACGCCCCAUAUGUACCCCCAUAUGGCCAUGGGCUGGACUUGGGAUACUACAAAGGUUAAAAUAACGACUGAUUUUUCGUUUAGCUCGAUUUGUAUUACUUAGGACCUCAGCAAACAUUUUUAAAUAUAUAAUUUAUUUUAAUUUUAACGUAGUGUAGAAUGGUUUUUAGAUUUUUUAUAUUUGUUAUUUGAAUAUAUUACUAGCUUGUUCAUCAAAAAAUAUAUAAAAAAACAUAUUAUAAUGUAGUUAUUUAUUUUUUAUAUGUGUGUUAAUAAAAUAAUUGUUAGAAUAAUCUAUAUAAUGUUAAGUUUUGUUUAGAAUACAUUUUUGUGUAUAUAGAAUAAAUUAUACGUUCAUC